UAAGGUCGCUUGGGAGCUGAUGGUCCCGCGGGAGGACAGGCGCAGGGCAGAGGGUCAGACAUAGUUUGGGAAGGGACUUCCAGGUUUCCAGGCUCCACAGGUGUGUCAAAGGCCCGUGUGAGGUUCUAGUGUGUGCGCAUGCACUGGGGAGCCCCAAGCUCUCAGAGCCCACCUGUCUUCACCCCAGCGUGAGAGAGGAGCUCUCCAAGGAGCACUGCGUGGAAUCACAGAUCCAGAGCACCUCCAUUUCACCCAGUCUAACCUGCCCAGCUCCACGCGGGAUUUAUGUUAUGAUCCUUGUCCUGUGACUUUGCAAGCGCGGCCUUCUUAAGGGCAGGGACCACAUCUGCCUGUCUGACCACCGGAUCCACAGCGCAGAGCGUGUCGGAGAGCAGGAGCUGACGCCUGGUUCAAGAUGGGGUCCCAGGUCUCGGUGGAGUCGGGAGCUCUGCACGUGGUCAUUGUGGGCGGGGGCUUCGGCGGGAUCGCGGCCGCCAGCCAGCUGCAGGCGCUGAACGUCCCCUUCAUGCUGGUGGACAUGAAGGACUCCUUCCACCACAACGUGGCAGCCCUCCGGGCCUCCGUGGAGAGCGGGUUUGCCAGAAAGACAUUCAUUUCCUACUCAGUGACCUUCAAGGACAACUUCCGGCAGGGCCUGGUGGUCGGCAUAGACGUGAAGAAUCAGACGGUGCUGCUGCAGGGCGGGGAGGCCCUGCCCUUCUCACAUCUCAUCCUGGCCACGGGCAGCACCGGGCCCUUCCCGGGCAAGUUCAAUAAGGUGUCCAGCCAGCAGGCCGCCAUCCAAGCCUACGAGGACAUGGUGAAGCAGGUCCAGCGCUCACGGUUCAUCGUGGUGGUGGGAGGAGGCUCCGCAGGAGUGGAGAUGGCAGCAGAGAUCAAAACCGAAUACCCUGAGAAAGAGGUCACUCUCAUCCACUCCCAAGUACCCCUGGCUGACAAGGAGCUCCUGCCCUGCGUCCGGCAGGAAGUGAAGGAGAUCCUCCUCCGGAAGGGCGUGCAGCUGCUGCUGAGCGAGCGUGUGAGCAACCUGGAGGAGCUGCCCCUCAACGAGUACCGAGAAUACAUCAAAGUGCAGACAGACAAGGGCACGGAGGUGGCCACCAACCUGGUGAUUCUCUGCAACGGCAUCAAGAUCAACAGCUCUGCCUACCGCAGCGCGUUUGAGAGCAGGCUGGCCGGCAGCGGUGCCCUGCGGGUGAACGAGCACCUGCAGGUGGAGGGCCACAGCAACAUCUACGCCAUAGGUGACUGUGCGGACGUGCGGGAGCCCAAGAUGGCCUAUCACGCCGGCCUGCACGCCAACAUCGCCGUGGCCAACAUCGUCAACUCCACCAAACAGAGGCCGCUCAAGGCCUAUAAGCCAGGUGCGCUGACGUUCCUGCUGUCCAUGGGGAGAAAUGACGGCGUGGGCCAGAUCAGCGGCUUCUACGUGGGGCGGCUCAUGGUCCGGCUGGCCAAGAGCCGGGACCUGCUGGUGUCCACGAGCUGGAAAACCAUGAGGCAGUCUCCGCCCUGACGGGGAGGCGACCACGCAGAAAACCCAUGGAAAGAAACCGCUCGUGGAGACCUGCUUGAUCAUGGACUGAGGCUCUUGAAGGAGAAUAUGAAAUGCAGAGGGCUCCUCCCGGGGGCAGGACCUGCCCUCUCUGUCGCCCUCCACUCCCCUGCCCUGCCCUGCCGUCACCCUUCUUCUCUCCUUUUAAAAAAUAAAACCCCCCUCUCGUGACUCCGAUCCUCCUGCGAUCCCUGCUGGGAAGUGCAGCGGCUACUUGGCGUCCAGCUUGGCCAUCUCCUGCACGUAGAUGCCGAUGCUCUCGCUGUCGAAGAGCAGGAAGUACACGUUCUUCAGCGAGGACGCGCUCGAGUCGUCGAAGUGGGCCGAGAUCGCUUUGAGGGUCACCUGGGCUGCGGUCUGUUUGGGAAAGCAGUUUCUGUGCCAAGGCAAAAGAAGAGCUGGCGUCAUUUCGGUCCCCGGGAAGGUCGCGUGGUGCCCUUGUUAACACUGCAUGGGGCUGGAUCGCAGUCGAAGGGACGGCGUGGGAGGGGCAGGCAGGGGGUGUCGUCCCCACUCAUAAGUGCCACACUGACUCAGAGAGGUACAGUGAUGGUAGCCAAGGUCACAGGGCUGGCAGGGGAUGGGUACCCCGUAUCUGAAUCUGUGUCCCCUGACUCAAGUUGAACUUGGCUUUAAAAGGGCUAGCAAGUCAGCACUGAGAAUUCCUGGUCUGCAUAAAUAUAGGUUUUAUUAGCUCCCUCAAAGCUAGUUUACAUGCUAACCAGAUGGCUUAGUAAAGGGCAAAAAUGUACACUCAAAA